AACCUAAAGAAGGAAAAUGGGCACCUUUCUUCUCUUCAAGACCGGAGUGGCAGGAGAGCGGGGAGACUAGUAUGGAGCUGCCAUUGACCAACGAGAAAGGAAUACUCCUCAGAGCCAUUGGAGAGAGGGCUCAAUAGAGAAAGGCAUAUAGUAGUACAUUGCCAACUCACUCCAACCAUUAAUAAACAAAAAGAAAUUGCCCCCUAAAUAACACUAAAAUAUACCGGACUAAAAGAUACAGAAAGAGAAGAAGAAGAUGGUGAUGGUGAUGGAAGAUGUGUGGUCUAAACUAGGGCCUUCCCUCGCAACCCUCAUGUUCAUCUGGACAUUGUGCCAGAAAUGCUUCCCAGAACACCUCCGAGAAUAUUUCACCUCCCGCUGUAAAAAGAUUUACACCUUCUUCAACCCAUACGUCCAAAUCACCUUCCAUGAGUUUGAAGCAGAGGAGCUCUUUGACCGGAGCAGAGUGUUCCUGGCUGUCGAGAGGUAUCUCGGCCACAUUUCCGCCAGGAAUGCCAACAGCUUCAUCGCGAAACCGGCGAAAGACAGCUGCCGGUCGGUGGUGCUCAGCAUGGGGAACCAGCAGGAGGUGGUGGACGUGUUCAUGAAUGGGGUGGUUAAGGUGUGGUGGAGCUCUGAACAGAUCACUUCCUCUCAACAGUCCUUCUCUUUCUUCUAUCCAAGGAACGACGAGAAGCGGUGCUUCCACCUCAGGUUUCACGGCAAGGAUCGAGAUGUGGUCAUGGAAUCUUACCUCCAGCAUGUGUUGGCAGAGGGGGAGGCCAUUCAGAUGAGGGAGAGGAAGCUGAAGCUUUACACCAACAACAAGAGCGACGAGUGGCGGGGUUCCAAAUGGAGCCAUGUCAUCUUCAAGCAUCCCUCCAAUUUCGACACUCUCGCGAUGGACCCAACCCGGAAGCAAGAGAUUGUAGACGAGCUUCUCAACUUCAAGGACUCCAAGGAGUAUUAUGCCAAGAUAGGCAAGGCGUGGAAGCGCGGGUAUCUCCUCCACGGCCCUCCGGGAACUGGAAAGUCCAGCAUGAUUGCUGCCAUGGCCACUCUUCUGCAGUACGACGUGUAUGAUCUUGAGUUGACCGCCGUGAAGGACAACAACGAGCUGAGGAGGCUGCUUAUAGACACCUCGGGCAAGUCCAUCAUUGUGAUCGAAGACAUCGAUUGCUCCCUCGACCUGACUGGGCAGAGGGAGAAAAAUGAGGAGGAUGAUGAGGAGGAGAAAGAUCCAAUCAACAAGGAAUUAAUAAUCAACAAGGGUGUGCCGAAGAAGAAGAAGGAGAAGAAGAAGGAGAGUGAAGUGACUCUAUCGGGGCUUCUAAACGUCAUAGACGGGCUCUGGUCAGCUAUAGGAGAAGAAAGAAUCAUAAUCUUCACCACGAAUCACGUUGAGAAACUCGAUCCUGCACUGAUAAGGAGGGGGAGGAUGGACCACCACAUUGAGAUGUCAUAUUGUUGCUUUGAGGCUUUCAAGGUGUUGGCAAAGAACUAUCUGGGCAUUGGGGAUGAUUCUCAUCCUCUGUUCCCAGAAAUCAGACGCUUGCUUGGGGAAACCAAAACAACCCCUGCGGAUGUUGCUGAGAACAUGAUGCCCAAAUCUGCUGGGGAGAAAGCGGACGCGUGCCUGGAGAGAUUGGUUAAAGCACUGGAAACCGCAAAAGAAGAAGAGAAGAGAGCCAACGCUGUGAAGGAAGAGGAAGCCCACUGCAAGAAGAAGAAACAAGAGGCCAAUGUAAUGACCUGAAGAAAGCAGAGACCUGAGAUGGUUUUCACCGUACCAUGGCCUCUUUUCUUUUUUCACUCAUGUUGUAGUAGUGUUGUGUUUUUCUUUAGAAUUAUGAAUCCUCUUACGGUUUUCACUUGGACCGGCGAGAGAGUAACUUGGAGGUAGAUUAAUUGAGAGGCAAAUGUCUGAUCAAUUUAGAUAAGAGGUCUUAACCAUUCAGACUCUGUAUAAUACUUAACCAUUCAGAGGCAAAUCUCUUAACCAUUCAGACAUCUGAACCAUUAAGAGGCUGAAACAAACAGUCUGAACCAUUAAGUGCUGAACCAUUCAGACAUCUGAACCAUUAAGAGGCUGAAACAAACAGCCCCUCAAUAUAAUAUUGCUAUGGGA